AUGCUUAUUUCUAAUCUUAUCUUUGUUGCUUUAUCCCUUGGGGGAGGAGCCCAUGCCUUUGCCAUACCCGCCGACCAGAGCGCCAACAUUGACUGGAAAGAACUCCAGUGGGAUAUUUCCAAAAUCCAUUCUGGGAAACCUAUCGAUACCGGCCGAGGCGACGAAAUCCUAAUUCCUCAGCUUGCUAACUGCAGCCUUACUCGCCACAAUGGAAGUAUAGUCUAUAAAAUCCCCACUGGCGGUUACGAUAUUUCUGAGGAACUGUUCGGGAAACUAAAUGGAAAAAAGCUAGAAUCUUCUUUAGACAAGAGGCAAUGCAAUUCCGACAACCCUUGUGAGUGUGGCACACACAGAACUUGGCAAUUGAUCGAUGUCAGUUGGUCAAAGUUUUUGGGAGAAACAAAGGUCAUGUCGUCUCCUCUUUGCGGACCUGGUUCGAUUUCAAACACGUUCACUGCGACGUACUCUUACUCAGUAUCCACUACAAUUACUACCGGUGCUGGCCCAGUUGCAUCCGUUUGGAAGGGUAUCGAUAUCAGCGUUGGUUUCUCAUACACAUGGGGUAAUGCCGUUGCAACCGGUUACAGUGCUACUUGCGACGCCUCACAUCCAUGUAUCGCCACAUUCAGGCCUUAUAUCGGUCAGGUCAAGGGAAGGGCCCGAUGGACUGAUCUGUCUAACAGUGGCAACAAGCUCUGUGGAACCGGCAUCGCCGGGAACGUCGAAAUUCAUCUCCCUGCUACUGAACGGGGUUGCAAUAAUGACAAAUGUGGUGCUGAGGCAGCAUGUGUCAAAUUCCCCAAGUCUGGCACUUUGUGUAUUUCUACCAAUGCCAAGUGUAAAACCCGACUCGUACAACAGGGCGACACCUGUGCAAAGGUCGCAGACGCGAAUAAAUCGACAUGGACUCAGGUCGCUACUUGGAACCGUGACUUCGGCUCCGAUUGCAAGAGGAUUGGAGAGUUUGUUGGGGGUUUAGUGUGCAUUUCCACGCCAGGGGGAGAUUGGAAGAACCCUAGUCCUUCAGCAGCAACACCAACUCCAUCGGUCACCCUCCCGCCCUUCUAUGGAGUCGAUGCUUCUCUCAUACCGCAACCGACCUUUAGCGGCAUGAUCAACGGCAGCGAUAUCUGGACAUACAAGUUAGCCGAAGGCACACGGCUCGAUUGCGACAAGUACAUCAACGUUACCGACGUCGGCACAAGCACAGGAUGCGCAGCCGUUGCCCAGGGUUACGGUAUCACAGUCGACCAACUCGUCAAUUGGAACCCUUCAUUGAGCUCUUCAUGCGUCCUGAACAACGACCUCACAUACUGUGUCCAAACCUCCAUCCUCCACGUCGCCAACGUCACACAAUACUGCACCUACGAAGACCAGCCGAGCUUUGGACAAACAUGCGAUGAGUUUUUGCAGGCUUGGGAUUUGGAUUACGAGACGUUCGAGGCGUUCAAUCCUGGCCUUGGGGCCAAGUGCGACAGAUGGAAGCUUGGCCACAGCUACUUUGCGAAAGCGAUGCACUUUCGCCAACCAGGUAUCGUCAAGAACUGCAACAAGUGGGACAUGGCCAAUACCACAAACUAUCUGGAAAAUCCAUGCCAGAUUUUCGAAGACAAAUACGGUCUACUCCAUGCUCGUUUCGUCGCCUGGAAUCCCAUGGUACAGCAAGAUUGUGAGACCAGCAUCAUGAACCGGCAGAUGAUCAUUUACUAA